UAAAAGGGCAAAAAAGAAUUGCCUUUUGCACCAGAACAGCAUUUUAGCUCCCUGUCGCUGCCGGUAAAAUUCGAUUCUGUUAUUUUGCAGACCGAUUCCGAAGUGGAUAAACCAAUUGCUCAAUUGCUAUGGAGCAGCGCUUUGCCAAUUCGUGGCGGAUGACCGUCAAUGAGAAGAAGUUUAUUGAGACGGCGCUGCUGUCUGACCUCCGAACCGACGGCCGUGGCCCUUUUGAUUACCGGAACCUAACUAUCCAAUUUGGAAGUGAAGAUGGCUCAUCAGAAGUCCAGCUGGGCCAGACUCGCGUAAUGGGGUUUGUAACGUCACAGCUAGUGCAACCUUACCGUGAUCGCCCUAAUGAAGGUACUCUUGCCAUAUUUACUGAGUUCUCUCCAAUGGCAGAUCCUUCUUUCGAAGUUGGUCGUCCUGGGGAAUCUGCUGUUGAGUUGGGACGGAUAGUUGAUCGUGGGUUAAGAGAAAGUAGGGCUAUUGACACAGAAUCACUUUGUGUUAUUGCGGGAAAAUGGGUGUGGUCUGUCCGCAUUGAUCUUCACAUUCUAGACAACUGUGGGAAUCUUAUUGAUGCCGCCAAUAUUGCAGCCUUGGCUGCUCUAUUGACAUUUAGAAGGCCAGAGUGCACAUUGGGAGGAGAAGAUGGUCAGGAAGUUAUAAUACAUCCGCCAGAAGUCAGGGAGCCCUUACCAUUGAUUGUACACCAUCUCCCCAUAGCAGUAACAUUUGCAUUUAUUGGUAACCAGAGCAUAGCGAUUAUUGACCCAUCGCACUUAGAAGAAGCUGUUAUGGGUGGAAAACUGACUGCUACUUUGAAUACAAAUGGUGAUGUAUGUGCAAUUCAAAAGGCUGGAGGAGAAGGUGUGCUGCAAAGUGUUGUUAUGCAAUGCUUGCGGAUUGCAUCUGUGAAGGCUGCUGAUAUUACUGGAAAAAUUAAAAAAGCUGUUGAAUUAUAUAAAACAAGUAGAGAUUUGAAAAAAAUCAAAAGACAUCCUGAUUCAGUUAAUAUCAACAAUAAAUUGAAGGACAUGGAGAAGCCUAAACUGAAACUAGAGAAAACAAGUGGCAGUCAAAGUGAUGACAUGGAAGUUGAGAGCCACUCGUCAAAGAAAGAUGAACACAAACGUAAAGCCGUCAUUGCUGGAACGUCUAGUUGGGAUCCAUACUCCAAGGUUGCUGAUGCUGAUGAAUUGAAAGAAAGUCUAGCUUCACAAGUUGUAGAAGCACAACAAGAUCAGAAGAUGGAUGUAACGCUACAUGAAAAGCAACAGUUGAAUGCAAUAGAUGAAUCCCUUAGAGACGCAGAUCCAUCACCUUCAUUAUCAGUGGCAGCUGAAGCUGGAGAUGCAAAAAUCAAAGCCGAGUCAUUAUCAGAGGCCAUGAAACCUAAGCAUAAGAGAAAGAAGAAGAAUUUAUCAAAUUCAGACGGAAGUUAAAACAAUGUAUUUCCAGACUAUCAUGCUUCAGACUUGGUGGAUGGAGUUUUAAGAUCUUCACCUAAGAUCAAAAUUUUCACAUGACGUACUCCUGAAAAGUUCUCGAAAGAUGUAUUCAUGGUGUGAAGACACUAGGCAGCAUCCAGAAAGAAAGUUGUCAUGGUUCCCUCCCGUGGCUGAAACUGCUAAUGCUCUUUUUCGAAGAUGGCACAUGUAAAUAUCCUUUUUUGUGCCUCUGCAGUUGCAAUCUUUUGAGAUGCUUGCAAUGAUGAGGUCGUCGACUUGUAAUGUGUAACAUGCUGUCUCAAACUCGAACUAGCUGCAACAUCUCUUCAGACUGCAGUUAGACACCGGUAUGUCUUAUUAUUCAGAACACAAGGGCACCUUUAGAGCUCUCUACAAAACAUGUAUCGUUUAGAGCUAUGUAGUUGGCAUAUUGGUUUGCUUAGUUGUACUAAAUCUGAAAUUGGAAAAUUUUUGCCAUUUGUUAUCAUUUGUACACAAAUGAGAGUGAAUUUGAUUACAAAGUCA